CUGUCAGCUUGUUUCCUGCAGCAGCUGAAGGUCACAGCGGGAGCAUCUCCAUCCUCAGCAGCAUUAGCACCAAUCACUGAUCGAUCAGAGGAUCAGGUUAUUGAUCAGCUGCAGCGCUACGUCACACAGACAGACAGAUACACAGACGGCCUGUCUCACCGCCGCCUGUCUCACCGCCGUCUGUCUGACAGACUGAGAUCCAGCAGCCUCCGCCUGUCUCUCCUUCUCUGCCCGCCUGUCGGCCUCCACCUCCCCGCCUGUCCGUCAUGGGGAACCGGGGUAUGGAGGAGCUGAUCCCGCUGGUGAACCGGCUCCAGGACGCCUUCAGCUCCAUCGGACAGAACGCGAGUCUCGACCUGCCGCAGAUCGCAGUGGUGGGCGGGCAGAGCGCCGGGAAGAGCUCGGUGCUGGAGAACUUCGUGGGCAAAGACUUCCUGCCUCGGGGAUCCGGCAUCGUCACUCGGCGCCCCCUGGUGCUACAACUCAUCAACUGUCCAACAGAGUAUGCAGAGUUCCUGCACUGUAAAGGGAAGAAGUUCACAGACUUUGAUGAAGUUCGUCAGGAGAUUGAAGCUGAAACGGAUCGAGUGACGGGACAGAACAAAGGAAUCAGUCCGGUUCCCAUCAACCUCAGAGUGUAUUCUCCCAACGUCCUGAACCUGACUCUGGUGGAUCUUCCCGGGAUGACGAAGGUUCCGGUGGGGGACCAGCCGGCCGACAUCGAGCACCAGAUCAGGGACAUGCUCAUGCAGUUCGUCACCAAAGACAACUGCCUCCUAUUGGCUGUUUCUCCGGCCAACUCUGACCUCGCCAACUCUGAUGCUCUGAAGAUCGCCAAAGAGGUGGACCCACAAGGUCUGAGGACCAUUGGUGUGAUCACCAAACUGGAUCUGAUGGAUGAAGGAACCGACGCCAGAGACAUCCUGGAGAACAAACUGCUGCCGCUCCGCAGGGGUUACAUCGGGGUGGUGAACCGCAGUCAGAAGGACAUUGAUGGGAAGAAAGACAUCACAGCAGCUCUGCAGGCCGAGAGGAAGUUCUUCCUGUCGCACCCAUCGUACCGUCACCUGGGUGACCGCAUGGGCACCGCCUACCUGCAGAAGACCCUCAACCAGCAACUGACCAACCACAUCCGGGACACGCUGCCGGCGCUACGAAGCAAACUACAGAGUCAGCUGCUGUCCAUCGAGAAGGAGGUGGAGGAGUACAAGAAUUUCAGACCCGACGACCCCAGCCGCAAGACCAAGGCCCUACUGCAGAUGGUGCAGCAGUUUGCGGUGGACUUUGAGAAGCGUAUUGAGGGAUCAGGUGAUCAGGUCGACACCUACGAACUCUCAGGUGGAGCAAAGAUCAACCGCAUCUUCCAUGAACGCUUCCCCUUCGAGCUGGUCAAGCUGGAGAGCGAUGAGAAGACACUUCGUAAAGAGAUCAGCUACGCCAUCAAGAACAUCCACGGAAUCAGGACGGGGCUGUUCACACCUGACAUGGCGUUUGAGACGAUCGUGAAGCGUCUGAUCGCUCAGAUUAAAGAACCGUGUCAGAAAUGUGUGGACCUGGUGAUCAACGAGCUGGUCAACACUGUCAGGCAGUGUACGCAGAAGCUGGCUCAGUAUCCGAUGCUCAGAGAGGAGAUGGAGAGAAUCGUGACUCAGCACAUCAGAGACCGAGAGAGUCGCACCAAAACCCAGGUGAUCCUACUCAUUGACAUUGAGUUGGCCUACAUGAACACAAACCAUGAAGACUUCAUCGGCUUUGCAAAUGCUCAGCAGAAGAGCAGUCAGAUGAGCAAGAAGAAGGCAGCAGGAAACCAGGAUGAGAUCAUGGUGAUCCGUAAAGGCUGGCUCACCAUCAACAACAUCAGCAUCAUGAAGGGUGGAGCCAAAGAGUACUGGUUCGUCCUGACGGCAGAGACGCUGUCCUGGUACAAGGACGACGAGGAGAAGGAGAAGAAGUACAUGCUGCCUGUGGACAACCUGAAGCUGAAGGACAUUGAGAAGAGCUUCAUGUCCAGCAAACACAUCUUCGCCCUGUUCAACACCGAACACCGGAACGUGUACAAAGACUACCGUCAGCUGGAGUUGGCCAGUGAGUCUCUGGAGGAGGUGGACAGCUGGAAGGCUUCUUUCCUACGAGCUGGAGUGUACCCUGAACGCACCGUGGACAAAGAAAAGGUGGAGUCGGAGGAGUCCAGUGGGGACGGUCAGAUCCACAGUCUGGACCCUCAGCUGGAGCGGCAGGUGGAGAUCGUCAGGAACCUGGUGGACUCGUACCUGUCCAUCAUCCACAGGACAGUCCGGGACCUGAUCCCCAAAACCAUCAUGCACCUGAUGGUCAACAACACUAAGGAAUUCAUUCACGCCGAGCUACUGGCUCAGCUGUACUCCUGUGGAGACCAGAACACCCUGAUGGAGGAGUCCCAGGAACAGGCCCAGCACCGUGAUGAGAUGCUCCGGAUGUACUACGCCCUGAGGGAGGGCCUCAGCAUCAUCGGUGACAUCAGCACGUCCACUGUCACCACAGCGAUGCCCCCGCCGGUCGAUGACUCGUGGCUGCAGGUGACAGGGAUGCCGUCGGGUCGCAGGUCCCCCAUGUCCAGCCCGACCCCCCAGCGUCGGGCCCCUCCUGGACCACCCCGACCCGGUGGCCGGGCGGCUCCGGGGCCUCCGGGCCGACCCGCCGUGUCGCCUGAUCCAGGACCGCCGUCGGUGCCGUCCAGACCCAACAGAGCACCCCCUCCUGGAGUCCCCAGAAUCUCAAUCAGUGACCAGUGAGGAGUCCACCAAUGUCAGAGGGCUCCUGCAUCUCCACCCAGAUCCUCCAGACCCGCCUCUGACUCCACCCCCUGACCCCACACAGACACACACAACACACACAGACACACGGUACACACAAUACACACAACACACACAAUACACACAAUACACAGAGACACACAAAAUAUACACAGACACACAAUAUACACACAAAAUAUACACACAAACACAAAAUAUACACAGACACAAAAUAUACCCAAAAAUACACUAACAUGCAGAAAUAUUGGCACAUACGUGUGCACAUGAAACAUAUGAUGGUAAAUAAGAUGACCCAGCUGACUCAGUCACGGUCACAGAUGUUCCACAUAUGGUUCCAGCUGGUUCCAACCAGUUCUGAUUACCUGGAUCAAACUGGAUUUGACUGGUUUCCCAUACUUCAAACUGGUUUCAGCUGGUUCCAAACUGACUGAUACCAUCAAGUUCUCAUAGCAGCAACUAGUUCCAGCUGGUUCCAAGUGGUUCUAACUAGUACUAUCUGGUUCCAGAUAAUUCUGAAUAACUAGAACCGGUUGAACUGGCUGGUCCAUACUGGUCCACACUGGUCCCCACUGGUUCAUACUGGUCCAUACUGGUCCACAUUGGUCCAUACUGGUCCAUACUGGUUCUACUUUGAUCCAAAUGAUUCUAAAUAGUUUGAAGUGGUUCUGUGUAGAAUAGCUUUUGAUGGGUCCCAGUUGGUUCCAACUGGCUCUGGCUUGUUUUAGCUGGUACCAGUUAAUUCUUACUGGUUUUACUGGCCAUCAGAUCAGAUGACCCCGCUGAUGUUCACUAAUGUUCUACUCAAGGUUCUGGAGCACAAACACAAUAUGGUGCAGCUCAUACUGGUUCUAACUGGUUCCAGCUAUUAAUACUAGAGCUCAAGCUGGUUGUAUCUAGAUUCGGUUUUUAAUUUGUUCCAUCUACUGUUCCCAAGGUUCCUACUGGUUGCUUUCCUGUAAGUCCAGUGGGUUCCAAAUAGGUUCUUGUUUUUCAGUUACUAGCAGCAGGUUCUUUCUGGUUUCAAUAGGUCCCAGUUUCUUCCACUGAUUUGGACAUAUUUCUGUAUUAGUUGGAUGUAAACUCCUUUUGAUGGAUCUAUCUGGUUCUAACUGGGUACUGGACCAACAGCAGCCAUCUGGAUAUCUUUAGUUCCAGAUGGUUUCACCGGUAAGAACCCUGAUGUUUUCAGCUGACUCCAACGAGUUUCUACUUGCUCCACUUGGUUUAAAUGUAAGUUGGAUCCAGUCAGUUCCUGUUGUUCUAACAUACUCCAGGGUUCCAGGGUGGUGCAACAGGUUCUCUCUGGGUAGCUUUGGCUCCUCCUGGUUCCUGCUGGGUUCCUCCUGGUUCUUACAGCUGUAAAAGCGGUGCACGCUGUGUUUGCUCAGGUCACUUUCUAACUCGUAAAUGUUUCAUCCUUCUCAGCUGCAGUCAUUUGUUCUGCUGGUCAGAGAACCGUUCAGUCAGUAGAGUCCUGAUCUUCUGUUCUUCACUGGGAUGAUAGAUCAUUCCGUCUGGAUCCUUUAGAACCCUGCAUCAGUUGUUUGGUUCUCAUAGAAUACAUUAAAACUGUACCCUGUUGUUUUCCCUGUUCCCCAACUGAUUAUGUUCUGGUUCCAACAUUUUGUAUGUGUCUCUGAAGGCCUGCAAUCAGAACCAGUUAGUUGUACUGGUUCCUGUGGUUCUAGCCAGUUCCAUUCCAGCUAUCUCUAAUAGGGGCUUUCGACCAAAGAGCACCAGGUGCUAGGUUGGUUCAAAGUUGAGAGCCAGUGCUUUUUUGGUUCAAAUCUCGUGCCGCCCCAGAACAGGUUUGUGUUUCCAUUCAGAAGGAGCAAAGUUGGAGCUGCGUCAUUGCGCCACCACAAAACGUGUGUACGUACUGCGUACGUAGCCGUUCAACAGCGUUCACGCCAUACGGAAACCCACACAACAACAAUGGAGGACUUCAUUGGAGUGGUGUACAUGGCUUUGCUAGUGUGUCUCGCCAUCGCUGAACAGCAAAACCUUCUGUUAGGGGUUACCCAUCGGCGUCGCCGUUCCAAUGCCCGGCGAUCACGUUUGAGAAGAAAGGUAAUUAUCAAAGACGUUUGGAUACUUAACAGUAAACGUGCUAGCGUUAGCUUAGCUACUUAGCUUCGACUACGCUUGCAUUGAUUACUUAGCGGUUAAACACGCGCAAUAAGUUGAUGAUCAUAUCUAUGUUUAUCUUUUUAGAUGUUUUUAGAUGUCACCCCGCCCCCUGCCCGUGACAUGCUAGGCUCUCAACUCUGGCCACCUCUGGCCCAGCAACGAGUUGGUGCCCGAAAAAGCCCCAGUUUUUGGAGCCCGGAGCCGCAGCUCCGGUGGUGGAAAGACAAAAAACCAGCGCCGAGUCGGGCACUGGCUCCAACUCCAAACGGGCUCCACCCCGGUCGAAAGCCCCUAUAAGUGGGCCAUCCUGACUUCAACUGGUUCUAAUCAGCAGCUGGAACUGGUUGAACAGGCUCUAAGUAGUUCCAGCUGGUUUGGACCAGUUCCAGCUGGUUUAGAUCAGCUUUACUGGUCACCAUGUUUGACUGGUUCCACCUGGUUCCCAGUGGUUGUAGUGGAACCGUUCUCCUAUUCUCCUGCCCUUGAUUCACUCCUGUUCUUUUUCUUUUCUGUCUCCUUGUUUGUUUUGUGUUGCUGUUC